GCCGCUCCGCUCAGUCACUCGCUGCUCUCGCUGGGAAUAGAGGAUGGCUCACAAGCAGCAGCCGCUGUACCUGCACCUGGCAGAGCUCACCGCCUCGCAGUUCCUGGAUAUAUGGAAGCACUACGACUCUGACGGAAAUGGGUACAUUGAGGGUAAAGAGCUGGAGAACUUUUUCCAAGAGCUUGAAGCAGCGCGGAGAGGAGCUGGAGUGGAGAGUUCCAGUGUUAAUUUUGGGGAGAAGAUGAAAGAAUUCAUGCAGAAAUACGACAAGAACGCAGAUGGGCGCAUUGAGAUGGCAGAGCUGGCCCAGAUACUUCCCACCGAGGAGAACUUUCUGCUUUGCUUCAGACAGAAUGCUGGAUCCAGCAGUGAAUUCAUGGAGGCUUGGAGAAAAUAUGACACAGAUCGAAGUGGCUACAUAGAAGCCAAUGAACUCAAGGGAUUUCUGUCAGACCUGCUUAAAAAAGCGAAUCGGCCACUUGAGGACAAGAAACUUCACGAGUACACGCAGACUAUUCUUCGCAUGUUUGACCUGAAUGGUGACGGGAAGCUGUGUUUAUCCGAGAUGUCCAGGUUGCUUCCUGUGCAGGAGAAUUUCUUGCUGAAGUUUCAGGGGUUGAAGCUGAGCUGUGAAGAGUUUAACACCAUUUUCAGCUUCUAUGAUAAGGACAGGAACGGCUACAUUGAUGAGAACGAGCUGGACGCGUUACUCAGAGACUUCUUUGAAAAGAAUAAGAAGGACGUGAACAUACAGAGCCUGACCGGGUAUCGCCAGAGCAUCAUGUCCCUGUGUGACGGGGGUCGUCUUUACCGCAAAGAGCUGGAAAUUGUACUUUGUAAUGACUCUUCCUCUCUCAAGUAAUCCAGGGUCACCCAACCCUGCACACUGAGCACUGCACUGACAUCCUGUAUCUUACCCCACCCCACCACUAAGAGACCGACGGAAAGAGAGUGUUACAAGGGAGAGGAGUUGUAUGAGGGAGAGAGGGCAAUUCAGGCAUGCCCUGGGGUAACAGGUCACCGAGCACUCAGAAGUUAUAAAAAAAAUAACAGCAGGCAGAAAAUAAAGAUUGCUAGAGUGCUGUAUGGGGAUAGAGUGUUGUGUUGGCGGUGUUAGAGCGCUGUAUUGGGGGAGAG